AUGUAAUCUGUUGAUUUUGCAAAGCAAGUCCUUGGAGAACCGCUGCGUUGCAUUGUCAGAAUAAAGCCGCCUUCCAAUUUUCAGAAGGAGGAUGUGCGAAUCAACAAUUAGCAAAUUCUACUUACUGACAACAAUAGAAGUAUUAUCCAUCAUUGAUUAUCAAUCCUCUAGUUUUGGAAGAAUUCGAAUGUCCUGAAGCUUAUGGGCCUGAAUUCUCGAUGCAUCAAAUCUACGAGUAGUUCCUGCAAUAAUUUACGGGUCCCUUCAUCCAAGGAUUGAACGUAAACAUAUUCGCAUAUGGGUAGUGAAAUUAAAAAUAACACUUAGAUCUACAGGAGCAGGCAAAACGUAAACUAUCGAAGGGAACAAGAAAGAACAUGGACUUAUAUUGAACUAUGCAUCCUCAAUAUUCUCGUUAUUAGAAAACAAGAAAUUUCAUACCAAUCAAUCUUAAGCAUCCUAACUUGUUAAUUAUUCAUACGGACUCAGAGCCAGAUACGUUGAAAUCAUAGAUGAGGAAGUGUCUGAUCUAUUUGCCCCUCCCAAUAAACGAUUGAAUGAUCAAUUACAAAUCUUAGAUCAUGCAUGGGAAGGCCCCACAAUUGCCAAUGCCACUUGGGUGACUGUCAACAAUGAAAUCCAAUUAUAAGAAGCCCUUAACAGUGGACAAAGAAACCGCAAUCAAACUACCAAUGAAUUUGGUAAAGUGUCUAACAAGGCAACAUCCUUCUUUACGUUGGAACUACUACAAAGUUCACUCUAAAAAGACACCAAUGAACCAUUGAUUAUGUUAUCCAGACUAUGUUUCUUUGAUUUAGCAGGAUCUGAAGUUCUGAUUGACGACCCAGAAACCAUAAGAAUCAAACAGGGAUCCACCUUGAACAAAUCCAUAAUUUCAUUUACUCAAUUACUCAAAGAACUGGGAUAGCCAUAAACUGCAGAUCAUGCUGCUUAUGAUACUUCUGCUCUUACUUCAAUUGUGAAGGAGCUCGUCGGUAGUAAUUCACUUUCUAUUGGUAUCUUUUGUGUAUAGCAUGGUGAUCCAAAAGGAACCAGUUUGACUCUAAACAUUUACAAAUACUGCAAGAAUAUCAAAAACUUCCCAAUAGUCAAUGAUAGCAAGGUGCUAGGUCUAUUGCAUAAAUUUCGAUUGGAAUGCUAAGCAGCUAGAUUGUCUGGGAGAGGAGGGUAUGGAGAUACUGGAAACAAUAAGAUGUUGGAGUUGGAGAAGAAAUUGAUUGAGGAUAAUUUGGAUAAAAUGAGGAAUGCAGAUGAAAAACAGAGAAUGGCUUAGAAAUUAUCAACAAUGAGGGAGAAGUAUAAUGAAAUUGUGAGAUAGAAGGCAGAAUUGUAGUAGGAGUUGAUUAGGAGUGAAGAGGAGAAAUUAGAAGUCUCUAAGGCUUUGGUGGAGUUACAAAUUGAGAAUACAAGGUUGAUGGAAAUUAUAUAGAAUGAGAAGUAUGAUAUGAAUAAUAAAUUGUUGAAUGCAGAAUCAGACUUAUUAUCCUUGAAUAUAAGGGAGGAGAAAGCCUUGAAGUCUAUUUAGGAGUUGUAAGAUAAUUUGAAAGAAACCAAGGAUGACAAAAGAGCCUUGGAGAUCGAAUUUGUUGCUCUCAAAAAGAAUUACAUCAACAUCUCUACUGCUUUGGAAACUGAGAAAGCCAAAAGCGAGAACAUAGGAUUAGAAUUAAUUAAUGUAGUUAAUGAAAACAAAUCUCUUCAUCAAGAAUUAAAUGAUAUCUACAAGAAAUCUGGAAAUACAAACGAAGAAAAUGCUAGAUUUAUGAAGAAGUAUACUUAUCAUUUAGUUUAGAAUUGAAAAAUUGGAGCAAGAAAACCGAGAACAGAGAGAAGCUCUCAUUUAUACCAAGGCUGAAAUUGAGAGAUUGAAAACAGAAAUGCUUAAAUACGAAAUCCUAGAUUAACAACAUAGAAUCGAUCUAGAUAACAAGAAGUUGGAAAUUGAAAAAGGAUUUCUUGAAGCAAACAGAGAAAAACAGAAUGAAGUCUAUAAAAUGAAUAGAGAAUAAGACGAUGCUGUCAAAAAAAUGAGAGAUGAAAAAUUACUAUGGGAAAGUCAAAAAAUGGAGUUGACUCAUAAAAUCAAAAGCAUGUAAAGGAGAGUCAAUGAUGAAGAAGAAAGAGUUAAAGAAUUAGAAAGAUAAGUAUAAGAAUUGCAAUCAGAAAACUAAAAAAUGGAUCUACAAAUGAAUGAAAUGAGAUCACUCUAUCGAAAUAAACUUAUGCAAUUUGCUACAGAUGGUAAACCAGAUAAAGCAAGCAGAAUCGGAUAUGAUUUCAAUGCCAGAGAAGAUCUCAUAAGGACAUAUACUGAAAAAGAAAUUGAAUUGAAUGAAAGAUUGGAAAGAGAAAAGAAAAACUCAAAAUAAGCCUCAUUACAAGUCCGAUAACUCAAAAGCUAUGCCAGGAAUCUAAAAUAUCUUUGUGAAGAUUGGGCUCCAGUAGGAAUUCCUUUACCAGAUAUACUCACAAAAGAUGUUACCUUCCUAGAUGAUGAAACCUAUGGCACUUUACAAGGAGAUCAUAUGGCUGAAAUUGAAAGAUUGAGAAUGAGGAAUAAAAAACUGGAAAAUGAAGUUAGAGUUCUAUAGGAAAAUAUCAUGAAUGGAGUUGGAGGAGGUAGUAUGGAUUUAAGCAAAAGAAUAUCUAAUGAAAUGGAAAUGUUAAAAUAAAAUAGAAAUAAGCAAUCAAUUGACGGAGACUUUUAGAUUGAUCAAUUGAGAAAAGAAAGAAAUGAUUUACAAGAAGAAAAUAGAAGAUUAGUGACAUUAUUGAAAGAUAAUAAAAAGUGGGAUGUUUACAUCUUAUAGAGAGAAAAUGAAAGGUUAAUGAGACAAAUGAAAGAAUAAGAAGUAGGAUUAAAUUCAGUUGGACCUAUGUCUGGAGAAGCAAAAGGGGUGUAAUAAAAGGUAUAAUAUAUUCCUUCUAAAUUCUAGUUACAAUUGUAUGAAAGAUCACUUAAACAAUUAGAAAAAGAGAGGUCUGAACUGAUCGUUAGAGCUACAAUGGCUGAAGAGCAGCUUAAAGCAUUACAGGAACAUCUAGCUAAAUAAAGCUAAGAUUAUUAGAGAAAGCUUUUGGAAAUUAAAAGAGGUGGUAACAUAUUCUGAUCAAAUUAUAAUUAUUUUAUUAUAACA